UUAUUAUUAUAUCUAGAGGGCCAUAUGUAUGGAAUUAUACAAUUUUGCAACCAUCAUUGAAAUUAUAGGCACUAGGUAGCUUAUAAUUUCAAAUAUUUAGUACAUUUAUGAACAAAUUACACUUCCCUUAUGAUUGUUUUGCCAAAAUAAACUAACAAAAAUAUUUAUAUACUUCAAUACUGAUCCAUAUUUUAAUGUAUCAUUUAGUAUUAUAUUAUUGAUUGAUUCUUAUUUUAGGUGCCAAAAUGAUUCCAUUUAAGAAGGUAGAAGAAUUAAAUGAAUUAUUUAUAAGAAACAAAGACAUGAGUAUGUUGUUGAAUGAAAAAGAUAGAAGAUCUUUAGACAAUUUGAUCAAUGAAUUAUCUGGAGAAGAUAUUAAUUCAAAUUUACUUAAGACUAUUUUGGGGCUACAGGAGAAUAAAUAUUCCAUUGAAAUAAUUUGGCAACUACAUACAAAACAAAUUAUUGACUUUGCAGAAUUUAUCACAUGUUAUAAGUGGAGUGUUGAUCGUAUAGUUAAAACUCUGCUAUGUAUGACUGAAUCCGAGGAAAAGCUUUAUCAAGAAAUUUUGACAGAUUUGUUGGGAAGUCUAUUAGUUUUGUUGUCUGGAGAACCUAAUCAAAUAUUCGAUCAACACAUACAAAUUAUUCAACAGUUUUUAGCUCAAUCAAGCUUAAUAAUCACAAGAAACCAUGAUGGAUGGGUCUAUUUGAAAAAUCUUAAAUGUUCACCUUUUUUAACAAAAUCAACAAUUCAAAAAAUAUUCAAAAUAAUGUUAAAAAAUAUGCUUAUAGCUGAUGCCGAUUUCCAUUUGAAUAUUGCAUAUGAACAUUAUAGAUUGUAUAAAACUCCUGAUUCUGUGUACAACAUGCUUAAAAUGUUUUUGGAUGAAAUUGAUGAAGAUGUUAUAUAUGCAUUGAUUCAGAAUGUCUUAACGCUGCAUGCAGAAAAAGCCAAUUGGAAAUUGAUAUUGUCUUUAAUUUCUACUUUUGUUAAAACAAAAUCUCAUCUAUGUCAUAUGUUAAAAUGUAUUUGUUUU